AUGGAUCAAAUAAACUUGGAUAAAAUUCAAGCUCAAGGAUGCAGGCGCCUGGCAGCGAAGAGUGCGAGGCUCUUUGGUUCAGCUGAGAGUAGGGCCUUUGGCUGGGGCCUGCUGUACGCGGCUAUAGCUAGGGGCUCCACUGUGGCCAUCCCGCUUGUUGCUUUCCUGGGCGCCACUCCCUUGGCUGGCCCUAGGCGAAGCAUCACGUCACCCUUUACACCAGAAAGCUGGCAGGUGCUAUGGGGAAAAAAACAAAACAAGAAGAAAGUAGAGGAGGUACUAGAAGAAGAAGAAGAAGAGGAAUAUGUGGUGGAAAAAGUUCUGGAUCGUCGGGUUUUAAAGGGCAAAGUGGAGUACCUCCUAAAGUGGAAGGGUUUCUCACAUGAGGACAAUACAUGGGAGCCAGAAGAGAACCUAGAUUGUCCUGACCUCAUUGCUGAGUUUCUACAGUCCCAGAAAACAGCACAUGAGACAGAUAAAUCAGAGGGCAGCAAGCGUAAAGCUGAUUCGGAUACUGAAGAUAAGGGAGAAGAGAGCAAACUGAAGAAGAAAAAAGAAGAGUCUGAAAAGCCACGGGGCUUUGCCUGGGGUUUGGAGCUGGAGCGGAUUAUUGGAGCUACAGACUCCAGUGGAGAGCUCAUGUUCCUGAUGAAAUGGAAAAACUCUGAUGAGGCUGACUUGGUCCCUGCCAAAGAAGCCAAUGUCAAGUGUCCACAGGUUGUCAUAUCCUUCUAUGAGGAAAGGCUGACGAGGCAUUCCUACCCCUUGGAGGAUGAUGAUAAAAAAGAUAACAAGAAUUAA